UACAGUACUGUGCUUGAUGACGAGUCAUUUGACAGGAGAUAAAGCACUCCUGGGGUGAGGCGGUGACACUCUCUGCUAGGCUAUCACGAUGUUAGUGUUUAUCGUGCUGGCUGGCGCUACUGCCUUGGUCACAGCAGACACUCCGGCCAACUGUUUGUACGAGGAUAUACGCGGCACCUGGACCUUCUCGGAGACUGAGCGGACAGGCGACCACACCAUCAACUGUGACGAGCUCGGCCCCAUCGUCCACGCCAAGAACUUCACCCUCAGCUUCCCAAACACCGCUACAGAUGAGCUAGGCAAUGAAGGAACUUGGACCUUGAUCUAUAACCAGGGAUUUGAGGUGAACAUCAACGAGCGCUCCUACUUCGCCUUCUCUUACUACGAGGGCGACUUGAACGCUGUGGUGUCCUACUGUGAUCGCACCUUCAACGGCUGGUCACGGGACAAGACCAUCAGGAACUGGUCCUGCUACACCGCCCAGAAGACCACACCGGUUAAUCCUCGGGUAGACGCUCGUCCCGCCCAGAGGGAGCUGGAUCGCCCCUUCAGGAAUGAUCAAAGCUUCAUCGACAAAAUCAACGCUGCCCAAAGUUCGUGGACAGCUAAAGCUUAUCCCGAGUUCACUAAAUAUACUGUGAAGGAGAUGCAACGUCGAGCUGGUGGCCCGAAGCCUGCCAUCUCGUCUCGACCUCGCCCGGCUCCAGCUACCGCCGAGCAGAAGGCCCAAACCGCCCUCCUGCCGGAGCAUUUCGACUGGCGUGAUGUGGAAGGCGAGAACUACGUGUCACCCGUCAGGGACCAGGGCGGCUGUGGCUCCUGCUACGCGUUUGCCUCCAUGGCCAACCUGGAGGCCCAAGUGAGGAUCGCCACCCGCAACCAACGACAGGAUGUGUUCUCCCCACAGGAUAUCGUGUCGUGCUCAGAGUUGUCUCAAGGAUGUAAUGGAGGCUUCGAUUUCCUGAUAGCUGGCCGCCACGCCCAGGACCAGGGCGUCGUGGCCGAGGAGUGCAACAAAUACGUCGGCUCGGACACCUCCUGUGCCACGGACAAUUCCUGUUCUCGUACGUACGUGAGUGACUACCAACACGUGGGCGGCUACUACGGCGCCUGCAACGAGGAGGUCAUGCUGGAGGCCCUCGUCACCACCGGCCCCAUCUCCGUCUCCUUCGAGGUGUACAGCGACUUCAGCAGCUACAAUGGCGGCAUUUACCACCACACGGGCCUCGAGAGCGACUUUAACCCCUUCGAGCUAACCAACCACGUGGUGCUGAUCGUCGGGUACGGUGUAGAAGAAGACACAGGCGAGAAGUUCUGGAUCGUGAAGAACUCUUGGGGCGGCAGCUGGGGUGAGGACGGCUUCUUCAGGAUCAGGCGAGGAACCGACGAGUGUGCCAUCGAGUCCAUGGCCGUCCAGGUUACGAUCAUACCCUAAGGAGGAGCGUCGGUGAAGAGGCGAGUACCAGAGGAUGACAGAUAAAGACAGAUGAAAAGGAAGAAACCCGAAAAAGGCCAAAAUAAAGAUGGAAAAACCUAUGAAAUAUUUUAAGUUCGUAGGCUAAAGGCUUCGUUGUGUACAUUCUUCAAGUACUGUCAGUGUCCACCAGCCAGCAGAUGUUACCCAAAAGUCCUUAAAAUGCUCCCCACCAAUUUGAAGUUUGAGCAGGACAAAAAUACCAUUUAUAAAACCACUUGUUACCAUAAUUUGUUCAUUGUGCUAGAAAUUUAUCACAUGAGUUGAAUAAUAUGUACUAUGAAGACGAAAUUUAUAUAAAUAGGAAGGAAAUAUUUAUUCUCGCGCCUAAUGUGUACAAAUGAGAAAGAAUACUAAUUAAGUGUAGAAUGAAAA